AUGAGUGACCCAGCAGCACGUGAAGACCUUACCAAGCGGCAGCUUCCUUCCAUGACGCUUGUGAACGGCAUCGCAUCUCUACCUUCUGCAGCUCAAGCACGUACAGCUUCAACUUCAGAUGAUCCUUCGACAAGAUUUCAAGUCCCCGGCAUUGCAGUUGUUACCGGAGGGCUGGGAAACAUUGCAUUGACUGUUGUUCGAGCACUGUUGCAGCACGGCCUGGCUGGGCUGAUGCUGCUUGACCUUGAUGUGAAUUCGGAGUCUGCGAUGAGCAAACUUGAUGAUCUUAGGAAAGACUUUCCGGAAACGAAAAUUGAGGCAGCGUCUGUGGAUGUAACCGAUGAAGAAGCUAUAGGACGGAUUAUGGCUUCAACAGUUGAGAAACUUGGCGGCCUUGAUUACCUCGUUUGCUUCGCGGGUAUAGUCAACUGCACUCAUGCCCUCGACCUGUCACCAAAAGUCUUCAGAAAGCUCCUCGAUGUCAACACAACUGGGAGCUUCAUCUGUGCCCAAGCUGCAGCAAGAGAAAUGGUCAAAGCCAACACCGGCGGCCGCAUCAUUUUUAUUGCCAGCAUAUCAGCCCAUAGGGUCAACUAUCCGCAGCCACAAGUUGCAUAUAAUACAUCCAAGGGAGCUCUGUUAAUGCUAAAAAGUAGUCUCGCGGCAGAGUGGGCGCGAUAUGGAAUUACUGUGAACAGCAUCAGCCCUGGAUACAUGGAUACUAUUCUGAACGAGGGAGAGGGACUAGCAGAUGCAAGAAGGUCAUGGGCCGAGAGGAAUCCGAGUGGAAGAAUGGGAAUGCCCGAGGAAUUGAGUGGAAUAGUUGUUCUAUUGUGUUCCAAGGCUGGGAGCUACAUCAACGGGUCUGAUAUGGUUGUCGACGGCGGAGGAAUACCAGUUACCAAAAGCAGACUUUUAAUCUAUGAUAAGAAUAUCAACGGCUAUUUCGAGGCGGAGCCAUCACGUAAACGCGGUCACUCUACGUCUGCUUACACGCCAAGUCCGACUCCACCAGAAAUUCGUCUAACGACGGAGGUUCCACCGAAACUUAAUCCUUCUCAAACUCCGACUUCCCCUCUCUGCAUCGCUCAAACCCCGAAAGCUAUGUCUUCGAGAUCGAUAUUCGGGAUUCUACUCAUUGGACUGAUUGCUUCUUUCGUGUACGAGAGGAUCAAUCUGAUUCAGACCUUUUAUCAAAAUGCCCCCUCGCGUAUCACCAAGGUGAACAACAUCGGGAAAUAUGAAGUCAAAUUUGAAGAUCAGAUAAGGAGUUGCGAGGAUGUUCUACUCAUUGAGGAGUAUCAUCUUGCAAUUCUUGCCUGUGAUCCAGGAAGAGAGCGACACAACACCGUCAUGGGAGUCUUUGCAGGAAAUGUCACCAAAAAUGCUGAGCUUUGGGCAUAUGACUACACAAUCACCGAUGGUUCCGACGCUGAAUCCCUCAAGAGGAUCAAAUUGGCCGGAUUCCCUCAUGCAUCUGACUUUCAUACCCUGGGCAUGGCAUUUGAUCUUGAGACAUCGAAUCUCUUCGUCGUGAGCCAUGCCGUCGCAGGAUCACGUAUUGAGCUCUUCAAUCUCGACAUUGGAUCAUUGACUGCUAGUUACAUCCAAACGAUUCAGCACCCUCUCAUCAAUGCGCCAAAUUCAAUUGCGUCUAUCAACGGACAUGAGUUCUACGUGACCAACGACCACUACAUCACCAAGAAGCAGUCAUUCCUGCUCAGCAACCUGGAGACAUACCUGAGCCCACCUACAGGAACAGUGGUUCAUUGCAGCCUUAAAGGUUCAGACAUCGAUGUUAAGGUUGUCGCGUGGGUUCCUUUUGCCAACGGUAUCGAGAUCAUCAACAGUUCAACCGUUGCGGUGGCGUCAUCCUCACGAGCAGCCAUUUAUAUGUUUAACACUCCAGACGCCACAACGUUCAAAGAGACCUCCAGAAUCAAACUUCCUUUCAUUCCCGACAACCUCUCUGGAUCUGGUAGAAAGCUCAUGAUCGCCGGACACGGCCACCUGCCUGCCCUGGCAAAGUUCACGCAGUCGCGUCGUUUUUGCAACGACCCCUUUGAAUACGAACGCGCGGACCCUACUGUAAAAGAUUCCUGUCGUGAACUGCAGGCUGUUUCUUGGGUGUCUGAAUGGAGUGAGACUGAAGGGCUGAAGCACCUCUAUGUCGACACUGAAUAUCCGUCUAGCUCGACUGCUGUCAGGGACGCCGGAAAGGGGGUUGGAAUCAUCAGCGGCCUCUACGCCAAGGGUAUUCUGAUUUGGAGAGACGAGAAAUAA